AUGGCGUGGCUCAAAGAUGGCCUCUCUGGCCUGCGCUCGUUCGCAAAAAGAGAUGAUUCCUCUCCCGCUCCCACCAGUCUGUCGGGCUUCAUCUCAACCCUCGUCCCAGCGCUGGUUAUCGCCGGUGCCAUGGUCCUGGCCUUUAUCAUCCUCCGCAGAAAAUACCGCCGUGACUACAUGCCCCGUACUUUUCUGCCGACUCUGCGCGACUAUGAACGAACUCCAAGCUCCCCCACCGGUUUGUGGAACUGGAUCAUCGCCAUGUACAAACUGCCCGACACCUAUGUCCUGCAGCACCACUCCUUGGACGCCUAUCUAAUGUUACGUUAUAUGAAAUUGCUCGUGGUGAUGACCUUUGUCGGCUGCUGCAUCACCUGGCCCAUUCUAUUCCCUAUCAAUGCCACGGGAGGAGUCGGCAACAAGCAAUUCGAUAUGCUCUCCAUGUCGAAUGUGCAAAACAAAGCGAGGUACUUCGCCCACGCUUUUGUUGGUUGGAUAUUCUUUGGCUUCGUCUUCUUCUUGGUGACCCGCGAGAGCAUCUUUUACAUCAACCUCCGUCAGGCUUAUGCUUUCUCCCCGGCCUAUGCCAACCGCCUUUCGUCCCGAACUGUCAUGUUUUCGUCUGUUCCUCAGGACUAUUUGGAUGAGAAGAAGUUGCGUCGCAUGUUUGGCGCCGAACGCGUGAAGAACGUUUGGAUUGCUACCGAUACCAGCAAACUCGAGGAGAAGGUCAAGGACCGAGAUGCUGCUGCCAUGAAGUUGGAAGGUGCUGAAACCGCCUUGAUUAAACAAGCUAACGUCGCGCGUCUCAAAGCUAUGAAGAAGAACCCCAACGCGGACGAGCAAUUGGAAGCCACAGCUGAUCACACCGAAUCUGGAUCGAUCGCAGCCCGCUGGGUCAGGCCCAAGGACCGUCCUACUCAUCGUUUGAAGUUUUUGAUUGGAAAGAAGGUCGACACCAUCGACUGGGCCCGCGCUGAAAUUGAACGCCUCAACCCCGAGAUUGAGGAGGAACAGGCCAAGCAUCGUGCUGCUGACGCCAAAAAGGUCUCCGCCGUUUUCGUGGAGUUUUACAACCAGAACGACGCCCAAGCCGCCUAUCAAUCCGUCGCCCACAACCAACCCUUGCACAUGGCUCCUCGAUACAUCGGCGUUGAUCCCACUCAAGUCAUCUGGUCUAACCUUCGUAUAAUGUGGUGGGAGCGCGUCCUUCGUAACUUUGCUACUAUCGCCUUUAUCUGCGUGUUGAUUAUUUUCUGGGCUAUUCCCGUCGCAUUUGUUGGUUCGAUCUCGAAUAUCGACAGUUUGAUUGCCAGACUUCCAUGGCUCGGCUUCAUCAACCAUGUCCCAACCUUUAUCCGUGGUGUCAUCACUGGCUUGUUGCCAUCCGUUCUGUUGGCUGUUCUUAUGGCAUUGUUGCCUAUCAUUAUUCGCUUGUGCGCCAAACUUGGUGGUGCUCCAACAGCAGCUGCCGUUGAGCUGUGGACUCAAAACGCCUACUUCGGUUUCCAGGUUGUGCAGGUCUUCUUGGUCACUACGCUGUCCUCUGCCGCAUCCGCUGUCGUCGAGGAGAUUAUCCAGCAACCCACUCAGGCUGCAAGCUUGUUGGCCGCCCAUCUUCCUCAGGCCGCUAACUUCUACGUUUCUUAUAUCGUCCUCCAAGGCUUGACUUUUACCUCGGGUGCUUUGCUUGGAAUUGUCGGUCUUAUUCUCGGAAAGGUGCUGGGCAAAUUCCUCGACAAUACCCCUCGUAAAAUGUACAAUCGCUGGAUUGGCUUGGCUGGCUUGAGCUGGGGAACUGUCCUCCCACCAAUGUCUCUUCUUGGUGUUAUUGCGAUUACUUACUCGAUCAUCGCUCCUUUGGUCAUGGGUUUCGCUACCGUCGGUCUUUACCUCUUUUACUUUGCUUUCCGUUAUAACUUGCUCUACGUGGCGAACGCAGAUAUCGAUACUCAAGGACGUAUCUAUACGCGCGCUCUUCAGCAUCUGCUUGUUGGUGUUUACAUUGCCGUUGUCUGCUUGAUUGGUUUGUUUGCCAUUGCCGCCGCCGAUCAGCCAAUUGGCACUGGACCUCUUGUGUUGAUGAUUAUCUUCUUGGUCUUUGCUAUCUUGUACCAUGUGUCUCUCAACGCAGCAUUGGACCCUCUCCUCAACUAUCUCCCUAAGAACUUGGAAGCCGAGGAAGAGUCUCUAAUGGCUGAAGCGCGCGAUAAGAUAUCGCCCUCUACUUCGGACGCCCCCGUUGGAGGUGCUUCCAAGGAGCACAAUGGGUACAACGACGGUGUUGACACCGCCGAAAAGGGCGCCGAGACUCACCCUUCGGAAUUGCCUGCUCCUCACAAGAAGCCCAAUCUCCUCACCAAGUUCCUCCGCCCUGAUAUCUACGCCGAUUACGCUACCAUGCGUCGACUUGUCCCCGCCCACAUUGAAAUUCCCGAAUACUCGGCGGAGGUUGAGCGCGAUGCCUACUUCCACCCUGCAAUCACCUCAUCCGUUCCAUUGUUGUGGGUUCCCCGUGACGAAUUGGGCGUCAGCAAGCAGGAAGUUGAGCACACGUCUCGCGUCAUUCCUAUCUCCGACGAGGACGCCUUUAUCGACGAAAAGGGCAAUGUGCAAUGGAACAACGAGGCCAAGCCUCCCAUCUACGAGGAGAAGAUCUACUACUAG